CACCGCCGCCGCCAUGAUGCUUGUUUGCUUUCAAUGAGUGUGAGGAGGAGGCGGGGGGGAGCCGCUCUCCCGUCCGGCCCGCGGCAGGAAACAAAGAGCCAGGCAGGCGGCGGAGCGAGGGCGGCGGGGGGACGGGGAUGCUGCAGCCACAGGAAUGCCCAAGGAAAAGUACGAUCCACCUGAUCCACGGAGGAUGUACACAAUUAUGUCCUCAGAGGAAGCAGCCAACGGGAAGAAAUCACACUGGGCAGAGUUGGAAAUAAGUGGGAAAGUGAGAAGCUUAAGUUCAUCAUUGUGGACACUGACCCAUUUGACAGCUUUGCAUCUCAGUGACAAUUCCUUAUCCCGUAUUCCUUCAGACAUUGCCAAGCUUCAUAACCUGGUGUAUCUGGACCUGUCCUCUAAUAAAAUCCGCAGUUUACCAGCAGAGCUCGGAAACAUGGUGUCACUCAGGGAACUACAUUUAAAUAACAACCUGUUACGAGUUUUACCUUUUGAGCUGGGAAAACUGUUCCAGUUACAGACUUUGGGUCUGAAAGGAAAUCCACUCACACAGGACAUUCUGAACCUUUAUCAGGAACCAGAUGGGACACGAAGGCUACUGAACUAUUUGCUUGAUAAUUUGGCAGGUACUGCAAAAAGAAUCUCAACAGAACAACCACCUCCAAGGUCUUGGAUUAUGUUACAAGAACCAGACCGUACCAGACCCACAGCCUUGUUCUCUGUCAUGUGUUACAACGUGCUGUGUGAUAAAUACGCUACCCGGCAGCUGUAUGGCUACUGCCCGUCAUGGGCAUUGAACUGGGAGUACAGAAAAAAAGCCAUUAUGCAGGAAAUCCUGAGCUGCAACGCUGACAUCAUAAGUCUUCAGGAGGUUGAAACUGAGCAGUACUACAGUUUUUUCCUGGUAGAAUUGAAAGAACGUGGUUAUAAUGGAUUCUUCAGUCCAAAAUCUAGAGCUAGGACAAUGUCAGAACAGGAAAGAAAACAUGUUGAUGGUUGUGCAAUAUUUUUCAAAACAGAAAAAUUUACUUUGGUUCAGAAACAUACCGUUGAGUUCAAUCAACUGGCUAUGGCAAACUCAGAAGGCUCAGAAGCUAUGCUGAACAGAGUUAUGACAAAAGAUAACAUUGGAGUUGCUGUGUUGUUAGAACUGCGAAAAGAAUUGAUAGAAAUGUCAUCCGGAAAGCCGCAUCUGGGGAUGGAGAAGCAGCUCGUUCUUGUUGCUAAUGCACACAUGCAUUGGGACCCAGAUUAUUCUGAUGUGAAGCUGGUUCAGACUAUGAUGUUCCUAUCCGAGGUAAAGAACAUUAUUGAUAAAGCUUCUCGUAGUCUCAAGCCUGGUGUUGCAGGGGAACUUGGAACCAUUCCACUUGUACUGUGCGCCGAUCUCAACUCUCUGCCCGACUCUGGUGUUGUUGAAUACUUGAGCACUGGUGGAGUGGAAACAAACCACAAAGAUUUCAAGGAACUGAGAUACAAUGAAAGUCUUACUAACUUCAGUUGUAACGGAAAAAAUGGAACAACAAAUGGAAGAAUCACACAUGGUUUCAAGUUGAAGAGUGCCUAUGAGAAUGGUCUAAUGCCUUAUACAAAUUACACGUUUGACUUCAAGGGUAUUAUUGACUACAUCUUCUAUUCUAAACCUCAGCUAAACAUACUUGGCAUUCUCGGACCUUUGGAUCAUCACUGGUUAAUAGAGAACAAUAUAAGUGGUUGUCCACAUCCACUCAUCCCUUCUGACCACUUCUCACUUUUUGCACAACUGGAGCUUUUGCUGCCUUUCCUGCCUCCUGUAAACGGAAUCCAUCUCCCUGGCAGGAGGUAGUUAAGUACAUUUUAGAGGGUAACCUCAAUCAAACCUGUACAAUUGUAAAAUCUGAAUAUAGAGGAGUGAGGUAUGGCCAACAGGGAUUUUUUUCUUAAUGAUCUUAAUCUUAAAUCUAAUUAUUUGCUAAAGACAUAGUAAAAGCCAGGUGCUAUCAACAGACGUAAUUCUGAGCCCACUAUACUUUGUAUACAGUCGACAGCGAUCGGUGCAUUUGCACCUUUCUUUAAUACGUUGCAGUUCACCUUCCUGUUUCUUUUAUCCAACGUGACAUUUUCAUGCCUUGAAAUAGGGAAUUGUUAUACAGUAUAUUCUCUUUGCACAGUUAUCUGUAGCACUACUUUUUUGAGGCCAGUAGGAACAUCCACAGAACAUUCUUCCGUACUUCACUCCCUCCUUUUUCAGACUUGUUUGUAAAAUAUAGAAUUUGAAUUUAGCCUUUAUUGAUUGUAUAUGAACAACAGAAAACCUGAUUUAUGAAAUUUUGUACUUUAAAAAAAAAAAAUCAGAUUUGGAAAAUGAUUGUAUUGUAAACUAAGGCUAAAUUUUUAUCUGUUUUCAUGUGUUACAAAGGCCAGCUCGUAAAAGAGGUUGACACAGGUUUUCUCUGCUAACGAUUUGCACUGUUAGGGUUUUGUGAGCCCUUUUGUACUACUUCUCAUGUUCAAUUGAGAACGUUGCUUUUAAAAUCCAAAUCUAUAAAAUCUCAGUAUCUUACAGAGGACUAAAUACAUUCUAUUGAUCUCUGAUUUAAAAAAGAGAAAAGCACGGAGUUCUCACAGAACAUAUAAGCUAAGCAGUGAAUAUAAGUAGACCUGUAUGCAUUGAAAGUUACUGCAGAUGUGUAUACACUCAGAUAUUUUUCUCAUCUCUAACUUUAGAGGUAAAAUGUAGGGAUACUUGUGUAUAGCUUCCUCAUUUCUGUUUUAAUACCUGUCCUAUCUCCACUGUGCCUGCUUAAAUUUGUUCUCAAUUAGCACUGCCUGUGCAUGCAGAGAGAGCCUGUGCAUCCUCUUUUAUUUUUUUUAAAUAACGUUAACACUUGUGAAAAUUUUAUGAAGAUACUUUUGUAUAAGCUGUGGCAUCUUCUUUUUUUCCUUUGUGAAGCAUUGGGUAUCACACUCUGAACAUGUUCGGGUUAUGGGUACACAGUUUCUAGCUUCUAAUCCCGUGCACUGCUUCUUUCAGUGUCAUUGCACAGUGCUUUGUUUCCCACUGAGAAUUAUCAUGUGAAUUCUCCUUAGUUUGAGUGUGUUCCUCAGUUUCAGAGUAUAAUUCCUUGAUGAAGAAAAUAAAACCCUUACGUUUUCUAUUGAUGAAGCAGUGUAAAAAAGAAACGCGUUUUCAAAACAGGUCCCAAAGACAAUUCUUCAGAUCAUUUUUAAAGUGACCAAGUCUUAUUUUUAAAGUGUCAAGAUGAAAGUUAUUGUGUACCCUCAGUGCCAUUUGUGUCACGAAGCCAAGUAUAUAAAAGCUUACAAAUUUAACUUGUGUCUUUGUAAAAGAGAGACGUUAUCACCUCCUUAAACUAAUACCACAGAAAUAAUCAAUGUAAAAAAGAAAAUAAAUGGAGAUAGAAAGCUUGAUCUUAAACAGCUUUUGUUUCAGCUGCGGGCAGGGAAGCAAAAGGACACUGAGCAUUAAGAGAACUUUCUAAAUAUUAAGAAUUUUUAUAUAUAUGGGAGAGUGGAUUGGUAAUAGUGAUUCAAAAUUUUAUUAAAAAUUAGUAAGCACACGAGUGUGCUCAGACCGUUCUGUUUUAAGCUGAAAGUGAACGUGACAAACAGUUCGGAUAUGUGAAAUGUACAUUUUUAAACUGCAGUAGAAGAAAUUCUGAUCUUGAAUCCUUGUCUGGGACCUGAUCUCCUGGGUUGUUUUGUUUUCGUUUUAGUUGUGAAAACACCAAACACGUCCAGUUUAUAAUCAGUACAUUGAAAUGCUGGUAGUAUUGCUGUAGUAGAUUUAAUGCGUAGUGUUAUUUUUUUCUUGUUUUUUUUGUUUGUUUGUUUUGCUUUUUGUUGGUUAUUAUUACUUUUUUUUUUUUUUUUUUUUUUGUAAAGUGUGAAUAAAAAGUGUUUUACUCAUGUUUCCUUAAUGAUGUCUUGGUAAUGUACAUCAUGACCAUUUCCAGUGAGGACGAGUGGAUUUAGCUCGUCCAGCUGAGCAAACUGUUUUUCUUUUCUGAGGAUCUGGAUUGUGUAUUGAGUCCAGAAAGCUUUACAGAAGGGGAAGGGAAGCACUUACUCAUUUUGUAUUUCUUAGAGGGGGGAUAAUUUUCUUUAAUAGAUUCUGGAGCUUGAGUGCACUUGGUAGAUUGAAAAGGUUUGAGCUUUAUCCAGUAUGUGUUCUCCUAUAUUUCUUAGUCUUAAACAUGUUUGAAAUUAUUACAUCAUUAAAAUGUGGCCUGUGGUGCUUUUGGAGAGACAGCUGUCCCUGCUCAGUCACCUGGCAGUCUUCAGGGUCCAUUUAAGUAACCAUUUCCUUCAGCUUUUGUACUAGUCUAUCAGAUCCCAACUAAAGACCCACUGAAAACAUUUAAGGCACUCCUUUGACUUCACUGGGUUUUAACUGGACUACGCUCAAAGUGCAUGUGGUCACUCGAGAGAGGAGGGAAUGAGAAAUACUUUGAAUGCAGGGAAAGAACAGAAGGCACCAAAACGGAGCUGAGAUAAACUUCUAAAGGAAAUACAUUCGUACGUCAAACAAAUGUAACUCAAAACUCUCAAUUUCCAGCUAUAGCAUAGAAUAAGGCAAUAAACCACGUCUUCACACAAUCAAAACAUUUGCUUCAUAGUUUUUGACUUAAAAUGAUUAUCUGCAGUAUUGUAUUGGAGGUGGAUUUGGACGUUGCCAUAAUGUACCUUCAGUGUUCCUGUUGUAAAAGCACGUACUGCAAAAGCCACAGAACAUCAGUGGGAUUCGUUGAGGUUUGAGCAGGCUUUUUUCCACUUAAAAUACGGUCAACCAUAUCUUGUCUACUUGUAUUUACAUUUGCAAAGAAUUCUGGGAAUCAAAAUGUUAAAUUGAGCAUACCUUUAGCUAAGAGAAUUGAUUACAAGAUUGAUUACAAGGUGAAUCCACAGGCUACUGCUUUAGAAUGGCAUCAAUGGGGAGGGGUGGAAGGGAAGGCGCGUAAGUCAGUGUCAGUGCAUUUUGUAAUUAUUUUGUCCUUUUAGCUUUAAAUUUGGCCAACGCUUGGACAAAACUGAGUUGGUUUAGAACGUUGUACGUAGGCAUCUUUGGUGUAACUUUAGCAAGUCUCUCAAGUUCGGGUGUUUUGUGGUUUUGUUUGGUUGCUUUUGGUUUUCUUGAGCAGACUUAGGUUAUUGUUUGCUUUUUCAGCCACAAGCUAAAACCUGUAUUAAAGACAAAAUGAUUACGAUGUCAUUGGAAACGGCGACUAAUUACACUGUAAAACUUUAAAAAUGGUAAUAAUCAGUUAACUGCAUAAGUAGCAAGCCUUUCUCAUCCAGCCGGUCACAGUAUUUGUUUAGUAUGUUAACUGCUCUUCUUUUCUUUUGGUUGCAUAAAUUUGUAACACUUAAGUGUCUUGGUAUGUUUAAGUAGUGUCUAAAAUAGGAUAUCUUAGUCUUUAUUCACAGUACUUCUGUAUAACGUGUAAUGCACUGGACUAACUCUUGUUUACCAUUCAUGUAACAAAAACCAGCACAUUAUCUGCACUAAGCUCAAAGAAUGUUGCAUUUGUCUAUAGGCAGCUCUUCAAUAAGAUAAAUGGGAAACUGAAUAUGGUCUGAUGGUAAACAAGGGCUUUUACUGUUCUCUUCAGUGGAACUUUCUUCUUGGUCAAAUUUUAACUAGUUAGUAUUAUAUUUAUAUACAGGGUCUUCUUUUUCCUUACCAAUGUAUUUUCCUACUCAUAGCUGACCAAUAAAUCCAAUAUCUGUUUCAAA